AUGGAUCAUUUGCUUGUUUUGUGCUUGUACGGUGGUAAUUUGCAUUACUCAGAAUACCAGCGAUUAAUGACUGAUUUGGCCCCAGUACUCUCGGCUGAAAUGAGGAAGAUAGUUGGAGGCGAACCACUGCUUACUUUGCCACAUAUGGAGGAGUCGGACCUUCGCUUUCUGCAAGUGCAGAGAGCGGCCGUUGCCGACCCAGCACGAGCCUCCGAGUGGGCCGGCAAGAAACUCUGCUGGGUACCUCAUGAAAAGGACGGAUUCGUCGCUGGAUCCAUAAAGCAGGAAACGAACGAUGAAGUAAUUGUCGAGAUCUGCGACACAGGAAAAACUGUCACGAUCAGUAAGGAUGACGUCCAGAAGGCGAACCCUCCCAAGUUUGAUAAGGUUGAGGAUAUGUCAGAGUUAACAUAUCUGAACGAGGCUUCAGUUCUGCACAAUCUCAAGGAGCGUUAUUUUAGUUCUCUUAUUUAUACAUAUUCGGGUCUUUUCUGCGUGGUGAUCAAUCCUUACAAGCGUCUACCAAUAUAUUCGGAAAGUUUGAUUGAGGAAUUCAAAGGCAAAAAGAGGCACGAAAUGCCACCUCAUAUUUUCGCCAUAGCUGACUCGGCCUACCGUUCCAUGCUACAAGAUCGUGAGGAUCAGUCCAUUCUUUGCACUGGGGAAUCCGGAGCUGGUAAAACAGAGAACACGAAGAAAGUGAUUCAAUAUUUGGCCCAUGUUGCCGGUGCAACACGUUCAAAAGGAGGACCUCAAGCACCUGCUGCAUCCCCAGCAAAACACGACCAGUAUCGGAAUUCUAUCGGGGAAUUGGAGCAUCAACUUCUGCAAGCGAAUCCUAUUCUGGAAGCAUUUGGUAACAGCAAAACCGUGAAGAAUGACAACUCAUCGCGUUUUGGGAAAUUCAUUCGGAUCAACUUCGACAUGUCGGGGUACAUCUCAGGAGCGAACAUCGAGUUCUAUCUCUUGGAAAAGUCGAGGACAUUGCGGCAGGCCCCGGAUGAACGAAGUUUCCACAUUUUCUACCAAUUUCUACGUGGUACCAGUGCGGCUGAAAAGGCCAACUACUUACUGGAAGACAUCGACAAAUAUCGAUUCUUGGUCAACGGAAACAUUACCUUGCCUAAUGUUGACGAUGCACAAGAAUUCCAAAGCACGCUCAAAUCUAUGCGAAUCAUGGGAUUUGCCGAGGAUGAGAUCACAUCUGUGUUACGUGUCGUGUCGGCUACGGUCCUUAUGGGUAAUUUUGAAUUUACACAAGAAAAAAAGUCCGAUCAAGCGAUUCUUCCGGACGAUAGAGUCAUUCAAAAAGUUUGUCAUUUGCUUGGAUUGCCAGUAAUCGAAUUGACCAAGGCUUUCUUGAGGCCAAGAAUUAAAGUGGGACGCGAGUUCGUGAACAAAGCACAGAAUAAGGAGCAAGCCGAAUUUGCGGUUGAAGCGAUUGCCAAGGCAUCUUAUGAGCGCAUGUUCAAAUGGCUGGUGAAUCGUAUCAACAAAUCCCUAGAUCGAACACGUCGCCAAGGCGCGUCGUUCAUUGGAAUUCUCGACAUCGCAGGUUUUGAAAUAUUUGAGCUGAACUCGUUUGAGCAGCUUUGCAUCAACUUCACAAAUGAGAAACUCCAACAGUUAUUCAACAAUACAAUGUUUAUCAUGGAACAGGAGGAGUAUCAACGAGAAGGAAUCGAAUGGCAGUUCAUCGAUUUCGGCCUCGAUCUGCAGCCAACGAUUGAUUUGAUCGAGAAACCGAUGGGUCUACUAGCCCUCUUGGAUGAACAAUGUCUGUUUCCGAAAGCUACGGACAAAACGCUCGUUGAGAAGCUUCAGAAGACACACAGUAAACACCCGAAGUUCAUUGUACCUGAUAUGCGUGCAAAGAGCGAUUUCGCAGUGGUUCACUAUGCUGGUCGUGUUGAUUACUCCGCCGACCAGUGGCUAAUGAAGAACAUGGAUCCACUUAAUGAAAAUGUCGUCGCCCUCAUGCAAGCGUCGACAGAUCCGUUUGUCUGCGGAAUCUGGAAAGAUGCCGAAUUCGCCGGCAUUUGUGCCGCUGAAAUGAACGAGACAGCAUUUGGGGUACGCGCUAAGAAGGGCAUGUUCCGUACAGUGUCACAGUUGCAUAAGGAGCAGCUAACGAGGCUUAUGACUACACUGAGGAAUACUAGUCCACACUUCGUGAGGUGCAUCAUUCCCAAUCACGAGAAAAAAGCUGGUAAAAUAAACUCAAUGCUAGUUUUGGAACAGCUUCGGUGCAAUGGAGUACUAGAAGGUAUUCGUAUCUGCAGACAAGGAUUUCCGAACAGAGUACCUUUCCAAGAAUUCCGUCAUCGAUAUGAAAUUCUUACGCCUAACGUUAUUCCCAGGGGAUUCAUGGACGGGAAAGAAGCGGUCAAAAAGAUGAUCGAAUACUUGGAAGUCGACUCGAACUUGUAUCGUAUCGGGCAGUCGAAGGUAUUUUUCCGUACGGGUGUACUUGCUCAUCUUGAGGAGGAGAGAGAUUUAAAACUGACGGAUCUGAUCAUCCAGUUCCAAGCUCAGUGUCGUGCGUUCCUAGCCAGGCGUCUCUACGUGAAGAGGAUGCAACAGUCAAGUGCUAUUCGAGUCCUACAACGAAAUGGUUUAGCAUGGAUGAAAUUAAGGAACUGGCAGUGGUGGCGAUUGUUUACAAAGGUGAAACCUCUUCUCCAAGUAACAAAUCAAGAAGCAGCUAUCUCUGCUAAAGAAGAUGAGCUACGUGCCAUCCGAGAAAAGCUGGACAAAGUUGAGACCGAAUUCAAGGAGAGCUUGACCAAGAUUGAUCAGGUGAUGGCCGAAAGAAACGUCCUCCAAGAUCAAUUGCAACAGGAAACAGAUAAUAAUGCUGAACUGGAAGAGGUGAAGAACAGGCUGCAACUCAAGAAAAAUGAACUUGAAGAGAUGGUUAAUGAAAUGCGCGAUCGUCUCGUGGACGAAGAACAGCGUACUGAGAAGAUGUCUCAGGAGAAGAAGAAACUGGUUGAAACUGUUCGAGAUCUGGAGGAACAACUAGAGCAGGAGGAACAAGCUCGUCAAAAACUUCAACUUGAUAAAGCCAAUGUUGAUCAACGAGUUAAGAACGUUGAGAUAAAACUUGUGGACAUCACGGAUGCCCACGAUAAACUGCUCAAAGAGAAACGGAUAUUAGAGGACAAGAUGAACCAACUGAACAUGCAACUUAGCGAGGAAGAAGAACGAGUUAAGCAAGUUGCUAGACAACGUGGAAAGGUAGAAGGUCAUGUCCAAGAACUAGAGCAAGAAUUGCUGCGAGAACGUCAAAUCAAGAGUGAGCUGGAGCAACAAAAACGAAAACUCAUUACCGAACUGGAGGAUAGCCGUGAGCUAUUGGAGGAAAAACGGGGUAAACUGGAAGAGCUCAACGGUCAGUUGAUGAAGAGAGAGGAGGAAUUGUCGCAAGUGUUGACGCGCUCUGAUGAAGAAGCUGCCACCAUUGCUCUUCUCCAGAAGCAGAUACGCGACAUGCAGGCUACGAUUGACGAGCUUCGCGAAGACAUUGAGACUGAAAGAGCUGCCCGAAAUAAGGCUGAAAUGGCACGCAGAGAAGUUGUAGCUCAACUGGAGAAGGUGAAAGGGGAUAUGCUGGAUAAGGUGGACGAAACAAGUGUCCUCCAAGAUAUCAUGCGAAGAAAAGAAGACGAAGUGCGAGAUCUAAAAAAAGCCCUCGAGUCCACAACUCAUGCACUCGAGAAUAAGCUAGAAGAACAAAAAGCGAAGUACAAUCGUCAAAUAGAAGAACUACACGAAAAGAUUGAACAACAAAAGAAGGUCAACUCACAACAGGAGAAGUACAAGCAUCAAGCGGAAAAUGAGAGGGCGGAGCUGACCCAAGAAUUGGCCAACAUACAAGCUCAAAAAGCAGAAGCUGACAAGCGCCGGAAACAACAGGAGGUGCAGUUUCUGGAUAUGCAGUCUCAAUUAGCCGAAUGCGACGAACAUCGUCUGCAAGCUUUAGAGCAACUUGAUAAGGCCCGCGAAGAGCUUGAACAUAUCAGUCGUACCCGCGAAGAUGAAGAACAGCUUGUGUCGAAUCUUAACAGGAAGGUUGCAGCGCUCGAAGUGCAACUUCACGAGGUUUCCGAUCAAGUUCAGGAAGAAACUCGGGCCAAACUUGCUCAGAUCAAUCGCGUACGUCAACUUGAAGAAGAAAAAGCCACUAUCGCUGAGGAACGCGAUGAGAUUGACGCAGCACGCCAACAUAUGGAACGCGAUAUCAAUGUUCUUCGUCAGCAGCUUACUGAGGCUCGAAAGAAAGCUGACGAAGGUGUCAUUCAGCAGAUGGAGGAGCUAAGAAAGAAGGCGCAACGAGACCUCGAAAAUACUCAACAUCAACUUGAAGAGAGUGAAGCUAGCAAGGAACGUUUAAUUCAGAGCAAGAAGAAGCUUCAACAAGAGCUCGAGGAUGCCAACAUUGAACUCGAGAACAUUCGCACUGCUUCAAGGGAAAUGGAAAAGAGGCAAAAGAAGUUUGACAUGCAGUUGGCCGAGGAACGAGCAAAUGUGCAAAAGGCAAUUCUUGAAAGGGACGCUCACGCCCAGGAGUCACGUGAUCGUGAAACCCGAAUCUUGUCCCUCGUAAAUGAACUCGAACAACUCAAGGGAACUAUUGAUGAGACUGAAAGAGUCCGCCGUAUGCUUCAGCUGGAAUUGGAUGAGUCGAUCUCAUCGAAAGAUGAUGUGGGGAAGAAUGUCCACGAACUGGAGAAGGCAAAACGUCAGCUGGAGCAGACUGUUCAGGAACAAAAGGCAACUAUUGAGGAACUAGAGGAUCAACUUGGUUUUGCUGAGGAUGCAAGGUUGCGACUCGAAGUCAACAUCCAGGCUCUACGCGCUGAACAAGAUCGUAACCUAAAUGCGAAGGAUCAAGAAGCUGAAGACAAGCGCAGAAGUCUGGUUAAACAACUGCGUGACUUGGAACAAGAGCUGGAGAACGAACGUCGUAGCAAGGCAGGAGCGAUCAGUCAGAAGAAGAAGAUGGAAGCUCACAUUGCCGAAAUUGAACAGCAGCUCGACGUGGCUAACAGACUUAAGGAUGAGUAUAACAAGCAGUUAAAGAAGAACCAGCAAAUGAUAAAGGAAUAUCAACACGACAGUGAAGAAGCACGCCAAAUGAAGGAAGAGAUUGCUUCUCAACUUAGAGACAUCGAACGAAGGUUGAGGUCAGCUGAAGCUGAAAAUCAACGUUUGUCGGAAGCUAAUGAGAUGCUAACUUCACAAAAGAGGCAACUUGAGCAGGAGAAGGAUGAACUGGAGGAACUGCGCGGUCGAGGAGGUAGCUUCUCUUCCGAGGAGAAACGCCGUUUAGAACAAAAAUUAGCUCAACUGGAAGAGGAGCUUGAAGAAGAGCAAAACAAUGCCGAGAUUGCCAUUGAUAAACAGCGCAAGGCUCAGCAACAGCUGGAGCAACUCACUACUGAACUUUCCAUGGAACGUUCUGUAGCACAGAAAUCUGAGGCAGAACGACAAGGACUGGAGCGCCAGAACCGUGAGCUCAAAGCGAAGAUAGCUGAACUCGAAAGUACGGCACAGUCUAGAGCUCGAGCUCAAAUCGCUGCGCUAGAGGCGAAAAUUCAAUACCUUGAGGAACAGAACAGCGUUGAGAGUCAAGAACGCCACAACGCCACUAGGCAGUACAGGCGGAUUGAAAAGCGUCUCCAUGACACAAUCUUGCAGCUUGAAGAUGAGAGACGAAAUGUUGAGCAACAAAAAGAAAUUGCUGAAAAGUGCAAUCUGCGGGCAAAACAGAUGCGCCGUCAACUGGAUGAACAGGAGGAAGAGAUGACUCGCGAACGUGCGAAAUCUAGAAACCUUCAACGAGAAAUCGAUGACCUCACUGAGGCCAAUGACACGCUCACACGAGAAAACAACAGCUUACGAGGUGGUGCAGCGCGACGAAAUCGUGAAAACAUGCGGCUCCGAUCAGCAUACCAAAUUCCUGGAUCUAGCGACAAUUUGACUAGAAACGACGAUGAAGACGGUAGCAUAGGAACUGAAGUUACCGGUUCCGAUCAUACGGACGAGCUCAAGAAGACGAGCGUCUAG